CGUCGCUAGAUGCGCGUUGCCGCCGCCCGCGGCGAGAGACAGCUGGUGGGACGUACGCACUUGGGGGCAGUGGCGCCUCGGCCCGGGACUGCUGGGCGGCUGCCCCGUGCAGCGUGGAGCACCGCACGUGACAUCAUCUCCUCCUGAGGGUCACGUGGGCGCGAGUCACGUGGGCGCGAGGACCAUGUGCGGCGGCCCGCCGCGGCGCGCGAGCCAGACGCCGACGAGCGACCUGACGGCGACGCCCCGCGGACCAUCGCUGUACCCGGGCGCCCGGCCGCCGUUGUCCGGAGGUGACGCGCUCGACCACUCGGGCCUCACCGAGUGCACGACUGCAGUAAGACGCCAGGACUCGUCUUCUUCCUUCUUCCAAACGCCUGAUAGGAGAAGCGCCGCGACGCCGCCACCCGUCCGGGAGUGCGAGGUCUGUGCCGGUGCCAAAUGCGUUUGUUCGCCAGUAGAUCUAAGCCCAGCAUUACUCGAGAGGCACAACCGGCAGCAGCCGCUGCAGGGGCUGUCGUCGUUAUCGCUAGGUGACAGGGAAGCCUUGAACCUCGAUAAUUUUGCGAUCGUGUGUAAGAUCGGCGAGGGGUCUUUCGGGAAAGUCGUGCUUGCCCGAAAGAAAGACGACGGGGCCCUCCACGCGGUCAAGGCGGUGCGCAAGGAGAAAUUAUUAGCGUCCGGGUCUGCGGCGAUCCAACAUGUCCUCGACGAGAAUAGCAUCCUGCAGCGACUGAGGCAUCCCUUCGUACUUACCUUACAGUACGCGUUCCAGGACGCCGAUCGGCUGUACCUCGUGACGAAUUAUGUCGGGGGUGGCACGCUGUAUCAAUUAAUAACACAACGAGGAAAAGUGAAAGAAGACUUGGUGAGAUUCUACGCGGCGCAGCUCGCCGCAGCUUUUGCUUAUCUCCACCUAAAUAAUGUGGUGUACCGCGACCUCAAGCCGGAGAACGUCCUACUCGGAUUAGAUGGCUACGUCGUCCUGGCAGAUUUUGGCCUCGCGAAAACACUGGUGGAUACGACGACCGCAACCUUUUGCGGCACUCCCCUCUACUUAGCGCCGGAAGUCGUCCAGCGGCGACCCUACGCGUUUUCCGUCGACUGGUGGACUCUUGGGUGCCUUACGGUGGAGAUGCUGACGGGACGGCCGCCGUUCGUGGCCCGAGACUUGCCUGAAUUGAUGCAGCUCAUCGAGCAAGGUAAAAGAUCCUUCGACGUCUCUACUUUGAGUGGCAACGCGUCCAUGUUCGUGCUGGGGCUCUUACAAAAGGACGUCUCCAAAAGGUUAAAAGCGCCGGGCGUGUUUGAUACGCACUUCCUGCGAUCAAUAGACCGCACGGCACUCGAAAACAAGACCAUCGAGCCGCCCUACGUCCCCGACCCCGCGAGCGAAGCCAUUGGUAGAGGCGGCUCGCCGCGCCACGCGUCGCAGCGGGAGCUCGCGCAGUUCGCAAAUUUCAACGCCUUUUGUCGAGACGAGUCGCCGCGGGCCCACGCCGAAUUAUCGUCCAAAUUAUGUGAUGCUGCUAGACGAGGAGCCUGUGGGGAGUUGCGGGAGUUGAUGGCGGAUGGUGCGGAUGUGAAUCACGGAGACUAUGAUCGAAGGACGGCGUUGCAUUUAGGGGCCGCGGAAGGUCAUCUGGAUGUGGUGGACUUUCUCAUAGCGCACGGCGCGGACGUGAACGCGCAGGACCGGUGGCGGGGCACACCUCUCAGGGACGCCGAGGCUAGUGACCAUCAAAACGUUGUGGAGCUCCUAAAACGCCACGGCGCGCGCGACUCGGUCACGGAGCAGCGCGCUUCGGUCACGGAAGCCGACGUCACGUCGCGGUUAUGCGACGCUGCUAGGCGUGGCGACGUCGAGUCCUUGAGACGAUUAGUUGCGGCGGGCGCCGAAGUGACACGUUCAGAUUAUGAUGAUAGGACACCGUUACACUUGGGCGCGGCGGAGGGCCACGUCCGGGUCGUGGAAUACUUGAUUGCGCGCGGUGCUGACGUGAAUGCCUGUGAUAGGUGGCGCGGCACGCCUUUACGAGACGCGGAGGACGGCGGCCACUCUAGUGUAGUGCAACUGCUGAAGCGCCACGGCGCGAAACGGUUGAAACGGCGCUCGCGUAGCCUAGGAAGCUUCGGCAACCUGCGCCAGGCCUUCCGGCAGCAGACGAUGCGGAGGAACGUCUCGGCCAUAAACAUGGCCGCGAUCGCGCCCGCACCCGAAGUCGGCUUGGAUCUGUCCCAGAGUGGCUCCGACGGCCGCCUCUCGCCGUCGUCGCUCAUGGACCGUUCUAAUAGGUCGAACCGGUCGGCGGGCUCGGCUCGAUCGGGGCGGUCGUCGCCCUCCUCCCUCACACGGCUCUUCCACCGGCGGAAAACGCCGUCCAUGGACGCUUCUGGUAGUACUAGGGCGGUGGAUCGGUCGACGCUCGACGCGUCGGGCCGCGGGCUGAUUAUUGACCCGCCGGCGCGCGGACGUCGAGAAGGUGAUCAGCUGGACCGGUCGAAUGAAUUAGAUAGGUCCAACGCGUCCUGCAAGCUGAUGUAGAAAAAUAUUCGAGCGCCAGACGGCGCGCCAAAUUCGUUCCUUGCACAUAGAAAGUCGAAUCGAAAAGCACCCCCCUGCCUGUGAAAAACCCUUUGCUUGACCCCUUGAUUGCUCUUCGCGUUUCAUGGUGUUCUCUCCCCGGCGCGGUCGUCCCCCUCCGUGGGGCCGCCGCGCCACGCUGCCUGCGCGCCCGCCGCGGCCCCCGGCCGCCGCGCGCGCGAUUUGCAGUCGCCCAAGCAAGAAGUGUUCGUGGCG